GCAUUUGUGUAUGAUGAUUUACGAGCAACAUUGGUAAACAACUAGGUUAUAAGAGUAGAUUACCACUCUAUUAAGUCUUCCCCUUUGUUGUGCUUUUUGAGCAUCCACUUUCACUCCACGAUCUUAAAAGCAGCCCAAAAGCAGACACCACUGCCUAUAUAUAUAAAAGGGUUUCUGCAUGCUAAGCACAGCUGCCUUUUAUAAUCAGUUGUGAUUCAGAAUCUACAUCUCCAUCGCUUUACAAUGAAGAAGACAGCUUCAAUGAUCCUGAAGCAGAUAGUGAGUUUGGUGAGUUGUAUAGCGAAGACUAAAUGUGUGGCCAUCAAGGACAAAACCAGCGCAGCUAAGGCCCGUCUCCUCAUGUUGGCAUUCACCAAGAGCAAGAAAACGCUGAUGGGCCAAGAUGACGGUGAUAGCAAGCAGCAGGCCAUGGUUGUGUACGAUGACUCAAAUUCAAGCAGUUGGUGCAUUGAUCAGGACUACGACGACGAUGAUGAUAAGUACCCUGAUCUGCGGCACUCGCUGUUUGAUGAGGAGGAUUCCGGGCUGGGAGGGUCCGUCAUCGACAUGGUGAAGAGUUCGAAAGGAGAAGACUUCAGGUUGGAAGAUGAGAUUGAUCACGUUGCUGAUUUGUUCAUCGUCAGAUUCCACAAGCAGAUGCGUCUGCAGAAGCUUCAAUCCUUUAAGAGGUUGCAAGAGAUGCUUGCAAGAGGCCUUUAAUAUAUUAUUUCAUUUCUUUCCUUCUUUUUUAUUUCAUCUCUCAUCCAUAUUAUGUUUCUAACGUAAUAAGAUCUGCCGAAUUUGGUGUCUCAUCUUCGGAUCAACUCACUAUUUCUUUCAAUCUAUAUCUCAUUCCCGCAAUGGAACAUUUUUAAUCUCUCAACUUGUGCCAAUCUUUUUUUAUUAAUGACAAUUGAUCAAAUUAGAUCCGCGUCAAAAUAUUUUUGCAUGUCAAAAAUUGGAUUUCGAAGUUUCAAUGUAAUGCUAUUGUGAUUUCAACAAGACUUUAUUGAAUCUGUGUUUA